AAAAUGCCAAAUAUAUUUUCGGUUUAUAAGUAUCAUAAGUUUUUUGGUUCAGAUUUUAACAUGUAUUGUUUUGUUAGUUUAAGAGUGUGAUUAUUUGUUUUUGCAUAGUCAAAUACAAAGAGUUCUAAAAAUGAAGAGUAUUUAUGAGAUUUUGUCAUGCUUUUUUAAAGGUGGAAUUAUAUUUUGGCUAACAAAUUUUUUCUUUUAUGUAAAUUAUAAAUUUAAAAUAUUUGAUUUUAUUUUUUUACAAAAAAAAAUUGAUUUUACGAGUUUUUAUAAUUUACCCUAAAUUUUUUGUAUAUGACUAUUAAAUAGUUUUUAAUGGGAUUUUUUUUUGUUUUGAAGAAAAUUCUAACCCGUACUAUAUAAAACAUUUUUAGUUAUGUAAUUUUUUUGUCUGUAUUAUAUAAAAUGAAGACGUAAUUAUUUAAAAUUUAAUAUUUUAGUUUUAACUAAAUAAUCAUUUUAGUUCAAUAUGUAUUGCAUUAAGUUAUAAUAUUUAUAUUUUUACGGAAUAACAUAAUUUCAUAUAAAUAUAAUUUAUAAAAAUUAAAAUGGAUUUUUUUUUUAUUUUUACUUUUAUAAUUUUAAAGUGUAAAGAGGUCAUCCAUAACUUUAAGAGAAUUUUUUUAAGAUAGCAUUUUUUUUAAUUUAUGUCACAAAAAUAUCUUUCAAUUAGAAAAAUGAUCAAAAGAAGUUUAUUAAAAACUAAAAAUGGAUUUAUACCCUAGGGUUAAGUAAUCUAUACUUAGGGUUUAGAGUUAAGGGGUGGUGCUUUGAAGAUAGGGUUUCAAAUUAAAAAAAAAAUUCAAAAUAAAAAAAUGAUUAUUUUGAUCAUUUUCUUUAUUGAAAACUAUUUUUGUGACAAAAAAUUAAAAAUAAUUAUUUGAAAGAAUUGCUCUAACUUUAAUCUGGUCAAAUUUUAUUUAAUUUUUAUAAUGUAAAUAAUCUUUGGAAAUCCAUCAAGAAUUAACACAUAGUUUUUUUUUCAGAAUUCCAUCAGUAAUUUUUUGACAUACUACUUUCUUUGGAAAAUUGUUAGGAAUUUUGGAUUAUUUUCCAACAUAAUGAAAUUUGUCGGGAAUUCCCUAUAGAAUCAUGACGGCUUUUCUAUAUGUCUUUUUGAUAGAGUUUUGUUGAUUUUUUUGAAAAUUCUCAGUUAUUUUUUGGUCAGAAUUGAGAAAUUUCAGUGUCUUCUGUAAUAAUAUAGAUUAUUUUGGCAGAAUAAAAAAUAAAUGUUAAAGACCAUAUUAUAAUUUUAAAAAAAUAAUCCUUUAAAAAUCAAGAUGUGAAUAAUUUAUUUUCAAAUUUGAAAUAAAAUUAUUCAUUAUUUCUUUGCAAGAAAUAAAUAAAAAAAUUUAAAAAUAUAAAGAAAAAAUAAUAAUGAAACAAGGUAGGAGACGGUCUUAAAAAUAUCUCUUCGCGGUAUAUUAACGAAGAACAGUUUGAACGUAGCAUGAUUUUGGAGAGAGUUUAAUGUCCAGGACAAUGAACCACCAUGAUAAUUUUUUGUAGGGAGAUAGUUUGAAAAAUGAAGGAUGAAGGGAUGAUAAAAUCGUAUUUAAAAUCGUAUAUAAAUUGGGUUAUUAUUGUGUGUUAUUAAAUCAAAUAUCAUGAUAUCAUGUAAAAUAACUUUCACUUAUUUAUGAUUUUGCUACUGUAUUAUUUUAUAGUUAAGCUAAAAUUAUACUAUCUAAUAGAUAUGAAAUAUAAGAAGAAUAUGAAAUUAAAAUUUAUUUGAAUCGUAAAAUAUAAAUAGGCUAUAAAUAUACAAUCAUGUUUCAAACUGUUAUCGAUAAUUUUUGCAGAACUGAUGAUUAAAAUAUUAUAAGUAUAAUAAGAAUUUAAAAAUAAUAUUUUAAAUAUAUACACCAAAUUAAUCUUCCUUAAUUUCCUGUAAAACAUUCAUUCUAUUAUUUAAUAUGGUUACAUAUUAAAUAUAAUCGUCUGCCAAUACAAGAAGUACCAUUCAGACGUUAUUUUCUUACCAGUACCAUUUAGACGUUUUUGCCAAUAAAAUAGAACAAGUUGGCGUAAGACAGACGAAUCUUUUUCUUGAUGUUUUCUCCUUGGUUAUUGUAACUAAUAAAUUACUAACAUUAUUAUUAACCAUAUGCUCUGUACAUUUCUACUCCUAUUAGACCGAUAUAUUAUUUUAUCCGGCAUAAAACAAGUGAUUUAAAUAUAAAAUAUACUAAGAAUUUGACGGUGGCUUGUUUCCAUGAAUCUAAAUUGGUGGAACCAAAAAUAUGUGAGGCUUUAGUAGAUAGAAGUAUCCUAAGUAAUUUACAUGCAUAGAGAAAUAUACCAUAUUUACAAAGUAUAAGCAUACGUAAGCUGUUGAAUAUAUAGUGUUACAUUUGUAUCUAUUAAUCAUUAAUAUGUACAGGCUAUAUUGGUCCUAGUUAAAGGUUUAAGGAUUGCAAUACAGAGAUCUAUAUAGUUCAUUAUUUUUCUUUAGCCCUGCUAGGUUCAUAGCUUCUAUUUAGAACGCUACUAUUGUAAUAUUGUUACUAGGCAAUAAUUUGACUCGUCCAUCAAUAUUCAAUGUUUAUCAAAUCCACAGUAAAUAUUUUGGAAUUUGUAACCUUAUAUGAAUAUCUAAAAACAGGCCUAUCAAACUAUUUAUAGAUUACCACGACACCUAUUCAUUUCGAAAUGUUGGGACAAAUGACAAUUCAUACUCCAUAUAUUACACAAAUGUUGGUUGAAUUUACAUUUUAAAAAUGAUACAUGUAACUUUUUGAAAAAAAUUAUUUUAAAACAUUUAGAAACGAAAGGGAAAGUAGUUUGAUAUUUUCGUCGAUUGGCUAAUGAAGUAAUGAUUAUCAAAACAAAUCCUUAAAACACCAACUUGGAAGAGUCAUCCAGUUAUCUCAUAUAUUUGCUUGAUCAUAAAAUGAAGAACUAUAAGAUAAAAUGAUGAAAUAAAAAAUGGAAGUAGAGCAGCUUCUUCAAGGAGGGUUUAACCUAAUUGAGCUCUCAAGCCAAGGAGAUGACCAAAUAAUAUAUGCUAAAAGUAGGAGACACGGAAACAGCUCCCACGUUCCCCUCUCUCUCUCCUUUUUUCUCUCAUCUCACCAACACUAAUAAACAACAAACCAAAUUUAAAAUGUGUAAAAAGAGUUAUACUUUCGAGGAAUAAUUUAAUAUGAUAUUUUUCUCUCUCUCUUGUGAUCCUCCAUAAAUCCUACCAUCUCAAACCCCACUGACCUGUCUCUCUUCCUAUUAUUACUCUUUGUAGUGAGUAGUGGCCAAAAUUCCAUCUUCCAAAGCCUAGUUACUCUGAGUUGUGUCCUCAUGGGAAUUCAGAAACCCGCAUGGUUGGAUGCGCUUUACGCAGAGAAAUUCUUCGUAGGAUGUCCGUACCAUGAGACGGCAAAGAAGAAUGAGAAGAACGUGUGUUGUCUUGAUUGUUGCAUCAGUCUAUGCCCUCACUGUGUACCCUCGCAUAGAUAUCACAGACUCCUUCAGGUUCGCCGCUAUGUGUAUCACGAUGUUGUUCGGCUUGAAGAUCUUCAGAGACUCAUCGACUGCUCUAACGUUCAAGCUUAUACAAUAAAUAGCGCAAAAGUGGUGUUCAUCAAGAAGAGACCACAAAAUAGACAAUUCAAAGGAGCUGGCAACUAUUGCACUUCAUGUGACCGAAGUCUUCAAGAACCUUUUAUCCAUUGCUCCUUGGGUUGUAAGGUGGAGUUCGUGAUGAAAAGUUACGGGGACAUUACUCCAUUCCUGAAGCCAUGUCACUCUCUUACCCUAGGUCCAGACUACAUCAUCCCACAAGAUUUACUAGCAGAUGAUGAUAUGGCUGCCUACGAGACUCCACGAUCAACGGUCGUGGAUGGUGAUGAGUCCAUGAGCUGGUCGUCGACUUCAUCCGAACUAAGAGACGCUGCAACCACCACCCACGUCGUUAGAAAAAAGCGAACCGGUUUCUGCUUCUGUGCCAAAUCGGCUAAUAGUUAUAAAGCAGUUUCGGAGGAUCCUGACGAUAUCUCAGCCUGCAUCAAUCGGCGCAAAGGCAUUCCUCAACGAUCUCCUCUCUGUUAACGUUCUCCUUCAUUUUAAUUUCUUUUAUAUUUUAAUCUUCUUCUUUUUUGACUAAAAUAUUUUUAUUUUCACAUAAUAGUCUUAUAUGUUACAUGCAUGGAUUAUUGUGUCUCUAUCUAAUAAAGUUUAUAAUCAAUCAUUUUGUUUUCCCUAA